UCAAGGCCUCAUCCCGCACGCCGCACAUUGAUUACACGUGUUUUUUUUCAGAUAUAUUGCGCCUUUCGUUCGCAUCUAAGACAUAUCUUUGACGUUGGAAACCAUGUCGCUGAAAGUAGCUAUAUGCGGUGGAGGAAUCAGUGGUCUCUCACUGGCCCUGGUCCUCAAGAAGUUUAUGGUAUCUUCAACGCUCACCGUCGACCUGUACGAGGCCGAGUCCGCGUUCACCGAGGUAGGUGCUGGGAUCACUGUAUGGCAGCGAACGCGGAGCAUCUUUGCCUCGCUUGGUUUGCAAGCUGCCCUGGACAACCGGGCCGUCUCUUCCCCGAUGAAACUGAGGAAAAGCGAUACGAAGGAGCCUUUCGCGUUUCACACACUCGAUUUUCCACAUGGCUCCAUCGCGCUUCCUCGACUUGAUAUGGUCCAGCUCCUUGUCGAAAACCUACAACCAGACUCCACGCCAUUCCUUACUAUUCACUUCUCCAAGAAGUUUGUUUCAUACAAGCAAGAUGCAGACGGAGUCACCCUUCGUUUCUCAGACGGAUCUUCGUCCCGCGCACAUCUCCUCGUGGGUGCAGACGGCAUAGGCUCACCCACUCGGAAGACGAUGUACGCCAGUAUCGCGGAACGCGUUGCUCAGAGCGACCCAGCGAAGGCGGCCUCAGUCCUUGAGGGAGCACAGCCGACGUGGGCCGGAACAUACGCGUAUCGGACGCUCCUAGACGGAGAGAAGCUGCGCGCCGUCUCUCCAGAAAAUGUCAUGUUGAGUAGCGGUCUCAUGUGGUGUGGUAGUGGAAAGCAUGUAAUCUCAUAUCCGAUCUCCCCUACCCUGAUCAACAUCCUUGUCUUUGACACCGUACCUGGCGGCCUCGGGAAGCCACUCGCCGGACCUUCAGUUGCCGUGGCAUCGAAGGAUGAAAUUGCAGAAUUGUACAAUGACUGGGAGGAUGAUCUUCGCAUCGCGGUGGAGAAUGUUGGGGAUGUGUCGAAAUGGACCAUCAGCCAUAUCCGCGGUCUGUCUCAAUAUGCGGAUGGGCGGGUCACGCUGAUAGGUGACUCUGCUCACGCCAUGAGCACUCAUUUUGGGGCCGGGGCCGGCCAGGCGAUAGACGACUCUUACAUCCUGGGCCGCAUUCUCGCGCACCCGAAGGUGACGGCAGGGAACAUCGCGGAGGCGCUCAAAGUGUACGACGCGAUUCGCAGGCCGAUCGCCAGCGACGUCGUCGAACGUUCGCUCAGAAUCGGCUUCCUCUACGAGUUCCACCCAGACUAUCUCCCCUCAGGUACCGACAUCGACAAACUGCGCGCGGGGGAUCGUAACGAGCUGAAGAAGGUCUCGGACACGCUGCAGGACCUGUGGCGCUUCCACUGGGCGGAGAUGCCCGAGCAAGAUUGGGAGCGGGCGCACGAGAUGCUGGAGGCGAGGCUGUGACAGUCGCCCGUUGGAACAUGCAUACGUGUAUAUCAUUAGAUCUUCUUGCCAUCGUAUUAUGUGCCGUCCCC